GCACACUCUAUGAGUAAGACGAGCUGCCGCACGCUUCCUUAAAGAUAGCAGGCUGUGAAUAGCUUGUUUGGAUAGCUUGGGCCCGAGCCUGACCUGGCAAAGCGACGCAAAAACCAUGCCGAGCCCUGGAUCUGUCGUGCUCGUCGCCUCUGCCUUGACGGCGCACAGCUGGCUCGCCCCGGUCGCAAGGCGAGCUGGACCGCUGCGCGCGGAGCCCGUGGUCAGCCCCUUCGAGGCCGGUGAAAACAAGGCCGACGCGGCGAGCGAGGCCGCCGCGUCCUUGGGCGAGCUCGAGUUCACGCCCGCGUCGGUGGACGAGGUCCUGAAUAGGGUGCGGCCCUACUUGGUUGCCGACGGCGGCGACGUGGCCGUAGUCGAGGUUAAACCAGAAACGAAGGACGUCGUCUUGCGGCUGGAAGGUGCUUGUGGGUCUUGUCCAUCCUCAACAACAACGAUGAAGAUGGGCAUCGAGCGCGUAUUGCGGGAGCGGUGGCCGGACCUCGGCAGCGUUUCCAGGGACACGGACCCCGAGAACCAGAAGUUCGACGUGGAGACGGUGGAGACCCUGCUGGCGCCGAUUUCUGGUGCGGUGACGAAAUUGGGUGCUACUUUGACAGUCAAAUCGGCUGGUACUGAACCAGGACUGGUGGAGAUCCUGUACAAGGGGCCCGAGAACGUCAGGUACGGCGUGGAGCUGUCUCUGUUGGAUUCGCCUUUGGUCACGGAGGUGCGGUGGCUGAGCGAGUAAUAAUAUGAAUAAAG